GUUAUUUAUACAAGAAUGGCCCGAGCCUUUUUUUGUUCAUCAAAAUUCGAGCGGCUUUUCAGGCAUUUUUUCUGCAUUUUCAAUAUUUUCGUUUUUUUUUCUCAAAAACAUCGACAUCGACCAUCAAUCGCUAAUCAAAAAUGGAUACUGAAUCAAACUCCAAAAUUGAUAUGUCAUUGGAUGAAAUCAUUCGUUUGGAUAGAACAAAGAAAUUUGCAGGUGGUGGACGUAUGAAUAAUAAUCGAAAUAAUCGGAAUAAUUAUAAUCAUAAUCAACGUUAUAAUAAUUAUCGAUCAUUCAAUAAUGGACGUUAUAAUCGAAAUACCAUGAUACCUAGGCGACAAUCCAAUUUUCAACAACAAUCCAAUCGGCCAAGAUCAAUAAAUUUUAAUCGAAAUUCCUCAUAUCAAUCGGCUACAUUACAUAUAUCGAAUUUAGCGCCAAAUGUUACUACUGAAGAUCUGAAUGAAUUGUUCAUGUCAUUUGGCAAUGUAAAUCGGGCAUUUGUGCACUAUGAUCAACAUGGUACCAGUCUUGGUACCGGUGAAGUUGAAUUCGAACGUCGUGAUGAAGCCAUUGCUGCACGUAACAAAUUGAAUGGUGUGCCAUUGGAUGGCAAACCAUUACAUAUAACUAUGAUUAAUUCACAAGUUGAAGAUUCGUUUACAUCGUUUUUACGAUCGAAAACAUCAUCAUCUCGUCAAUCAUCGAAUAAUCGUGCUAAUAAUUAUUCACAUCAACAACAACCACGACGACGUUUCAAUAAUAAUAACAACAAUAAUAAUAAUAAUAAUCAUCGAAAUAAAAACAUUUCAGCUGAUGAUCUUGAUCGUGAUCUUGAUGAAUGGCGGCAGGCAAAUUCGGAUGACAAUAAAAUUGUUAAUGAUAAUGUUCUGGCCGAAACGGACGAAAUGAUCGAUGAUAUGAUGAUAUGAUCAUGAACAAACAAACAAACAUCAUUCAAAACCAAAAAUCAAUUGAUCUGCUUUUUUCAAAAAAUUUCAUUCAUUAUUAAUCAUUCAUAAUAUACCUAAUUUUUUUC